AUGGAUGAUUGUAAGGCUGUCUCCACACUACUGUGCCCUAAUACCAAACUCUCACCGGAAUGUACUACUGAAGCAGUCCCCUCAACUCUCUACAGGUCUAUCAUUGGUAGUCUGUUUUAUCUUACAGCUUCAAGGCCUGACAUCAUGUACUCAGUGGGCUUAAAGGCUAGAUUUCAAAGUAAUCUAAGGGUUUCUCACCUUCAAGCAGCCAAAAGGAUCCUCAGAUAUGUCAAGGGCACCAUCUCCAAUGGUUUAUUCUACAUUUACUCACCCUCAAUGUAUAUUGCAACUUUCUCAGAUGCUGAUUGGGGUGGAUCUUUACCUGACAGAAAAAGUACCUCUGGUUAUUGCUACAUUCUUGGUUCUAAUAUAGUCUCUUGGUUGAGUAUAAAGUAA